CCCCUGCCCCACCCCAGGGACUUCCCUCAGACGGGCGUGGGUGGCUGUGUCAGGAAGGUGGCAUGGAGGCAGGAGGGAGACAGAGCCCCAUGCCCACCCCAGAACCAGGGACUGCUUUUCAUGGACCCUGGGUGGGCUCCACCAGGGAGCUCUGCCAGCAGCCAGGUCAGGACCACAGGGAGAUGCUGCUGGGCUCUCUUCUCAGCCCCAUUCGAGGGGUGACACCCAGAAGUCCCGUGGGGUCCUCCCUUCUUCCCCAAGGCACCCCUGAACCCGACCUGAUCUGGGGACAGCCCCGGAGCCCGCAGCUGAGCCUGCAGGAAGCCCCAGGUCCUGGGGAGCCAUGUGGGCCGGGCUCCCUGUGCUGCCUCAGAGCCAACGGGGAGUAGCACACGCCUCUCUGGCUGGAGACCCCCAGACGGCCGCCCAUCACAUGUGUCGGGUUUAGGACGUCUCUCCUGAGUGAAGGCAGGGGCUCUGCCCCAGCCAUGCCUGUGUCCGCGUCUGGGAGGGAGCAGGCCGGUCAGGUGAAUCUCCCCUAGGACCCAGCUGAGCAGUGGGGCUCCAAGCCUUUACGUUCUGGCAGCUCAGGGAGCUGCUUGGAACUUGGUGCAGCCGGGGAGGUGGGGCUGGGAGCAGCCCUGGCCAGGAGGACAUUGGGGAAAGGGCUUCAUGGUGUGGCUGGGGGUCCAGGCCCCUCCCCGGCCCUGCUUCUCACCUCCACCGCCCCAGGUCCUCUCAGGAGGGGACUCCCGUGGGGAGAGGGUCUUUCAAACAGCAGGGAAGUGCGUGGCCUGGUGGGGCAGCCCUGAGGCACCUCCCAGCGGAGCCGGGAGUGAGGGUUGGAGGGGUCCGCAUCCAGGAAGGGGGAGGGUGCCUGGAGACCAGCCCCAGGUGGAGGCCAUCAGCGGGCAGGGCGGGGUGCGAGGGGCCGGUCCAGGCAGCCUCCUGUUUGGAGGAAGAGAGAACGGAGGGCAGGGCUCGCCCCAGGAGGGCAAGGAAAGGAGCCCGGCUCCGCUGGCUCAGUCCGCGGUCCCCCUGUCCUGGGGCUCAGCCCCCCUGAGCCCUGCCUUGGGUGGGCCUGCGGCUGUCAGGGGCCAGAGCCCUGACGGAUGAGCGCUGACGGCCCCUCUCCCGCGCCCCGUGCCGCUGACACCCGUCACGCCGCGGCGGGGACCCGGGAGACCUGGCGGCCUCUGCGCACCCCCGCGGCAGCCUGCGGGCGACGGGGGCGGGAGGUGCCGGGCGCCCCUGACUCGGCCGCAUACCUGCGCUGCAGUCCGCUCUCCGGGCACUGCCUCCCGGGUUCCCGGCCGCUCCACCGCGCACCCAGAGAGCUGAGCCGGUCCCGGCGCACAAGGCCGGUGGCCAUGGUGCCCAGCCCUGCCCCAUAGCAGUCUGCCAUGUCACGGGAGGCAGGCUCAUGCCGCGUAGGCACAGGGGCGAGGGCACGGUCUCGGAAGCCCAAGAAGCCACACUACAUCCCGCGGCCCUGGGGCAAACCCUACAACUACAAAUGCUUCCAGUGCCCCUUCACCUGCCUGGAGAAGUCGCACCUCUACAACCACAUGAAGUACAGCCUCUGCAAGGACUCCCUGUCGCUGCUGCUGGACUCCCCGGACUGGGCAUGCCGCCGCGGCUCCGCCACACCCAGGCCCCGUGCACCCACCCCAGACCGUCCCGAGGAGCCCGACCCCGGCAGGCAACCCCAGGGAGCGCAGCCCUUGGAUGCUGUCCCCACGCCUGACCUCGUGGUCGCUGAUGUCCGCUCCCUGCACCGUGGCGGAGGCCCCAAGCCCAGGGCCGAGGGGUCCCCAGGGCCACCACUCCCUGUGGCUAGGGCCACCCGGAAGGGUCCCGGCCCCAGUGGGCUCCUGCCUGAGUCGUGGAAGCUGGGGAUGGGAGGGGGCCCAAGGGGCGUGGCUGCAGGGGAUGUGGCCUCAGCGGGCCCUGAGGGCAGCGUCCCCUGCUAUCCCCCGCCUGCCCCAGGGGAGUUCCCUGAGGCCCAGAGCCUCCACCUGUCUCUGCUGGGCGUCAACUACCCGCUCAGCCCAGGCCUCUGCUCCUUCUUGGGGCCCUCACUGGCCGCUGCGGCCCACGUGCCCUUCCUGGCCUCAGCCAGCCCCCUGCUGCCUCCGGCUGCGGCCUUCCCAGCUGCGCAGCCCCCUCAGCGCCCCACCCUGGGCCCCCGCCUGUACUACCCACUGCUUCUGGAGCACACUCUGGGGUUGCCAGCAGGCAAAGCUGCCCUUGCCAAGGCCCCUGUCUCCCCCAAGAGCACCCCUGGGACUCUAGUUCCUGGUCUGCUGAAGGUGCCAGUUCCAGGGCUGGGGCCAUGGCCCCGAGUCACCCCCAGGGACCCAGGGCAGGAGGGGGAGCUGGAGCGGGCAGCCCAGAGUGACCCCAGGAAGAGGCUGUCCCUGGGAAGCAGGCUGGAGCUCCCGAAGGCACCCCCCAGCCUGACGAGGUUCUGUUCCCGGAGCAGCCUGCCCACCAGCCCCUCUGUGACGCUGUGGCCUGAGGACAGGGAGCCAGGCGGCCCUGAAACCCCCGGCCCCGAGGGCCCCCUCCCACCGCAGCCACGGGGCCCAGUGCCAGGAAGCCCAGAGCAUGUGGGUGAAGACCUGACCCGGGCCCUCGGUGACUACGCCAGGGUGGAACGGCGCCUGGGGCAGCUGGGGCCUGCGGGGGGCCUGGCCCCAAGACCCCUGCGGGAGCAGUUGGGCAAGAUCCGCCUGGAGCUGCUCACCAUCCACCGGGCACUGGAGCGGGCCGCGAGGCCACCCGACGCACCCCUCGACCUGUCUGUGAAACGUGCGCCUGCCAAGGGGCCCCAGGCUCUUGGAGAGGCGUGGGGGCAGCCCGAGCUGAGUCCCAUGUUGACCAGGGGUACCCCCGAGCCACCCAGCAUGCUGGGCCCUGCAGUGCCCCAACCCUUCUCCGGCCACACCACAAAGUGUGAGGCCGACUCCAGUGUCCCACCCCCGGGGCUCCCCCUCCCGGCCUCAGAUGACCCUGUCAUUCCUGGCAGUGGCUGGGGCACCUGUGUUACCACAGGGAGUUCCCAGACCCCUGAGGCUGUCUGUGGUCUGCAGAGCCCCCGGGGCGCCGAGGUCUGACCAGCAGUGCCUGAGGUCCGACCGUCUCUGCCCACAGUGUGCCAGCCCCUCUCCUGCAGCCCCGACCCCUCACCUGCCCCAGCCCCAUGGCCAAGGCCUGGGACCUGCCCCACCCCCGCAUGCAUGUGGAUAGACCCCCACGGGCCGUGGCCAACGCUUUUCCCUGGGGCCACACAGGGACAUGGGAGGUCACAGUUAUUUAUUGAUCACAAUUGUGGACAUUAAAACGGAAAAUUGUGUUCACACACACCAUCUGGGCCUCCUUCCUUUGGGGUCCUAGUGUAGCCGACUGGACACCCCCUUAAGGAAGUGUCCUGGCCUGGGAGUCCUGGGUGGGCAGUAGUCCUCCCGGGCCUCUGUCGCCCUCUACUGUGGGCUGGGCUUUCCCUGCGGGGCUGGGGUCUGGGGGUGGGCGGGAUGUCAGUGUCAGGAGCUGAGCAAGGAAAGGCAUGUGAUCUGGGCUGCUUGGGGUGAUCUGGCCUAUGUCGGGGGUGGGCAUGGACCCCUGAGCAUCCUCUGGCCUCUGAAUUCAGCAAGGCAGCGCUAAUGUCAGCUCUCCAGCGGUUAAACGGUGGCCCCGAGGCUGUGUGGCUAGAGGCUGCUCACCCAGCAUGGGCUCUGCUGGCCCCUGCCAGCCCCUGCAGCCGAGAUAGGUAUCGGCCUUCACGGCUCACUGCCUCCCUCCCGGCAUGGCCUGGCUUGGCCCUCCCACGGGCAGGGGAUGGGCAGGCAGGGAGGGGUGCCCGGGACCCCCACAGCAAAUCACUUCUCUCCUGGGGGAGCUGGCUAAACCCUCCACGCCCACCCUGGAAUGGGCCCUGGAGCCCACGCUGACCCCCCAGGAGGAGAAGCAGUUCCUGCUUGCACCUAGUUCCCUGAGCUGGGCUGGGCCAGCCGGGCUGCAGCCAGUCCAAGCAGGCUGGUAGCGGGCCCCAUUAACUACUGAGGAGAUAGCAUCAGCCCCGACCCUGCCUCAGGGCAGCCAGAGCUGGGGUGUCGCCUUGCCAGGGAGAUAGCAUCGGCACCCACCGCCUUGGGGCAGCCAGAGCUGGGGUGCUGCCUGGCCAGGCGCGGAGUGCUGUGGGGACAGGUCCCAGCUGGGCCCCUCUACCCAGAGGCUUCUUGGAGGCGCUGCAGGGGGCCCUAGGCAGCCAGGAGGUGUUAAGUCCCGACUCUGAGGGAGACUCCCUAUCCUCAGCCCCGCACCCCACAUGUCCACCAUACCCCAUAUGUCCACCGCACCCCCCAUGUCCACCAUACCCCAUAUGUCCACCGCACCCCCCAUGUCCACCGCACCCCCCAUGUCCACUGCACCCCCACAUGUCCACUGCACCCCAGUUUAUCACCCCCACUGGGCAAACAGGUGAGCAUGGCCUUGCUGGGGGCAACAGCACCCGUCUCCCAGGUGUGGAGACGCGCACGACCUUCUUCGCUGUCAGGACAGGCCUCGUGGAGGGUGCCUCAGCCAGCAGGUCACCCACCCUGGUCCAGACCCAAGGACCCUGCUUGGAGGUGGUGGCCUGGGGCUGCCUUGCCACUCGGAGUAAUGAACUUGCUGGUUGUGGGGGGACCGUGGGGGACCCCCUGAAGGGGGGUGGGCUGCAUGGCAUCCGGCCGUGCAGGGGACGUGGGAAUAGUGUCCAGGCAGAGGGCACAGCCUGCAACGAGGUGCAGAGGCAGGAACGCUGCAGCAUGGGGAGUCCUCAGGAGACUUGAUUUUUCUUUCAUAGAAGCUUCCGGGCCGAGGCCUGAGACUGCGCUCUCUCUCCUCCACCCGGUCCAGCUGCGUCCCUGCCAGUGGCUCCUCCCACUUCCUCUGUUCUAGUUUCCAACAACAGAGGCUGCAGCCACCCAGCCCCGAAGCAGGGCCCAGCGAGACUGGCCCCAGCCCCAAACGUGAUCCAGCCGCAGAGAAGCUGAGACGGUGAUUACGACUGACUGGACUCCGGCCUCCGGCUGUCUGCACCUCACGCUGGACCUGCCUAGAGACUCCACUGGCUCCCGGCAGCCCCGGCUGCUUGGGCGGAUCCGGGUGCCCGCAGGGGCUGCAGGAGGGCCCCGGGGCCUGCACUGCUCCCGCGAUGGCCUGCUCUUCCUCACGGCCGGAGCUGCACCCUGUGUCCACGUGCUGGAUCUGGAGGGACGCCCCGUCUGCCUCCUGCCCUGCUGCACUCCGGGGACCGGGGCCUUCGUUCCAGAGGAUGUGGCUGUGACAGCGUCAGGGCUUGUGGUGGUCAGCGAUCCCAUCCACGGGGCUGUCCAUGCCCUCCAGCACACAGCCCAGGACCCCGGAGGCCGCUGGGUGACCGUGGGCACCUUCCUGUCUCCCCGAGGGCUGGCUGUGGAUGCCCUCAGCCGCCUCCUGGUGACAGACUACUUGCCCGGGGCUGUGCACAGCUUCACGUUGAGCCCUGCUUGGGAGCCCCUGGCCCCAGCCUCCAUGCUGGGUCUGGAGGGCCCCUGCUGGGUGGGCCCGGGGCCUGAUGGGGGCCUUGCUGUGAGUGAGGAGUUUGGGGAUGUGAGGCUGUUUGGCAGUGCCCACCAGCCCCUGGGCUCCCUGGGGGGCUGGACGGGGCACACUUUCGGCUGCCCAGCAGGCAUCUGCUCCAACUCAGAGGGCAACAUUAUUGUAGCAGACGAGCAGAGGCGCCAAGUGACCCUGUUUCCCCGGGCUGGGCCACCCAUCUGCCUGGUGUCGGAGGGGCUUGGGCAGCCCUUGGGAGUGGCCUGUGCACCCCAGGGCCAGCUCCUGGUGGCUGAUGCCAAGGACAACUCCAUCAAGGUGUACCAGGGCCUCAAGGAGCUGGCCUGACCUGAGGCUGGGUUGGAGCAGGCCUCCUGUGCCUGAGGCCAGCUCCAAGGCCCUUGGAUCACCGUGGGAGGAGUCCUCGGGGUAGGUGGAGCCUCCAGACUAUGGGCAUUGCCUGCCUGAUGCCAGCACCCCCUGGGCUGGGCCCUGGGCUGGGCUCGAGUUCUCCUGCUGGUGAGGCUCCGGAUCUCAGGGGCAGCCCAGAGUCAGUGCCUGCCAGGCCUGCAGCCUCCCCUGCCGGGGCCGCUCUCUGCUGUCCCCAUUCAGUGCCCUGGGCCCUGCAUUCAUGCCCCCCACGCCCACUCAGACCCUAUGCCUGGACUUUGGGGCUGGCAGCUGAAGCCCUGAGAUCCUGGGCCAGCUGCUGGCACACAGCUAGGCAGGCUCUCCUGCCAGGUGCCCACGCCCAGGCCUCCCAAUCAGAGGCAGACAGGCAGGGAGGGUGUGGCUGGGCUGGGCUGGGUGGGGCGGCCUGGGGCAGGGGUGUAGACCCGAAGUGUCCCCAACCUCAGAGCGACCUAGAGUCCUGAGUCUCCAGUAGCUUCUCUGGGCCUGGCAGAGGUAAGGGGAAGGUAACCCUGGAGUGUCUGGAGGCCAAUGGCUGGCUGAACCCCAGAUGCCUUUUCUUCCACGUCCCCAUGAAUGAAAGCUGUCUGGGCCUUCAUUCUGCAAAUAGGGACAAACAGCUCUGUGCUUAUGGUGCAGCUGUGCUGGGAGGGCCUGGGGGAGCCUUCCUACAAGGAGAGAUUCCUGCUGCUUUAGAAAACUGAGAAAAAACAGGGGUCUAACCCUCUCCUCCCAUUUUACAAGUGGGGCAAUGAGGCAUGAAAGGAGAGGCGUCUGGGUUACCCCGUGGGUCUGGGUCCAGGGAAGGGCCUGUAUGGGGGAGGGAGCUGGGAGGGGAUGGUGUCUGGCCCUACCCCUGUGGGGUGGGGAGGUGGGGCUCCCCUGUAUCACAGGACACCACCCAUGAAAGGUCCCUCAUAUGUCUGGGUCCUGUGGGUGGGGGAUUAACUGGGCGAUAUAGUUGGGUGCUCAAUAAACAUAGUUGCUGCUGA